AUGGACCUUCUGAAGCAAGAGCUUCUCAAGAAGCGCCAAUCCCUGGCCGAAGAAACCGGCGGUAAGAGAGUCUUCAAACGCUCCGAAAUCCAACAGAAGCAAAUCCAGAAGCUACGCGAAGAAGAAAAGCGUGAACUAGAAGCGAAAUCUAAAAAACGUAACUCAACUUCCUCCGACACCACCUCCUCCGUUCCAACCUCAUCAACCACGGCUUCCUCCUCCGUCACGUCUGUCGCCGCCUCAUCCAGCGCCUCCCUUCCCGACGAGCAGAACAUCGACAGCCUCGUCCUACCUAAACAGGAGGUCAUUCGUCGUCUCCGGUUCCUCAAGCAGCCAGUCACGUUAUUCGGCGAAGACGACGAUGCUAGACUAGAUCGUCUCAAGUAUGUUCUCAAAGCUGGAUUGUUUGAAGUUGAUAGCGACAUGACAGAGGGACAGACUAAUGAUUUCUUGCGCGAUAUUGCGGAUUUGAGGAAGAGGCAGAAGACGGGGAUUGGGAGCGAUAGGAAGAGGCAGAAGGCGGAGGAUGGUGCCACUGAGGAUGGUGAUGGUGGUGCUGGUGAUGAUGACUUAAGCGAUUGUGGUGGAUCCAGUGGAGCUGAUAAUGACAAGGAUUUGAAGAGGAUGAAGGCGAAUUUUGAGGAUUUGUGUGAUGAAGAUAAGAUUCUGGUGUUUUUUAAGAAGCUGUUGAAUGAAUGGAAACAGGAAUUGCGGGAGAUGGCAGAGACGGAGAAGCGAACAGCUAAAGGGAAGUCCAUGGUUGCUACCUUCAAGCAGUGUGCGCGUUACUUGAAUCCUCUGUUUAAGUUUUGUAGGAAGAAGGUUCUUCAGGAUGAUAUUCGACAGGCACUAUUGUUGAUGGUUGAAUGCUGUAUGAGACGAGAUUAUCUGGCUGCAAUGGACCAUUAUAUUAGGCUGGCUAUCGGGAAUGCUCCCUGGCCUAUUGGUGUUACUAUGGUUGGUAUUCACGAAAGAUCCGCCCGUGAAAAGAUCUACACAAAUAGUGUUGCUCACAUCAUGAAUGAUGAAACAACUCGCAAGUACUUACAAUCCGUAAAGAGAUUAAUGACAUUUUGCCAACGGCGUUACCCGACAUUACCAUCUAAAGCCGUUGAGUUUAACAGUUUGGCAAAUGGGAGCGAUUUGCAGUCACUAUUAGCAGAAGAGAGAUUCAGUGGGGUCAAUCAGGCAUCUGAGGAGAGGCUUAGGAUAAUGCCUGCUCCUAGAGAAAGCUAG